AUGCAGCAACCACCUCAUGAGACGAGGAAUGAAUUCCACCGGACGACUAUCGACCGCAGAACUAUUACUUACACAUUAGAAGUCGUCCAGCAACCAGAGAAAGCUCGCGCGUGCGGCUCCGGUAACAAAUCUUCGAAUGACCGCAGACCAGUAGACCCGCCACCCGUUGUCGAGCUCAAGAUUUUCAUCAACGGAACUGAGGCGACCAUGAUUUACGAUGCCACAUUCAUGCUCUACGCCAGUUUAGAGGUCGCUCGACCAAUUGCUGCCGGGAAGAUGCACACCCCGACUGCUAUCCCUGUGCUAGCGGGUGUCACCGUGGCAAGCGCCGCUUACUUGGAGAAGCCAAAGCGCGCUGCGUACUUUAUAUUCCCUGACCUGUCUGUUCGGCACGAGGGUUGGUACCGUCUUCGAUUCUCUCUCUUCGAAGGCGUCAAACAUGAUAUCGAUGCCGACAUGGGAAAACCGUUUGAUCGCUCUCUGAGAGUGGACAACGUCAACGCGCCGGUCCGUCACGAAGGUAUUUUCAACCGGAUGGAUGUCUUGUCGACGCCGUUUCAGGUCUACAGCGCGAAGAAGUUCCCAGGUCUUGAUCAGAGUACCGAAUUGAGUGUCCUAGUGGCUGACCAGGGCUGCCGUGUACGCAUUCGGCGUGAUGUCCGGCAGAGAAAGAGACGCCCCAAGGCUGGUGCCGAAGGGGACGAAGCCCCCAGCUCCUAUCAAGGUACACCACACGCCAAUUAUCAAGCUCUCGAUCACUCAAGAUCCGCCAGUCGCGACAGCCUUGGGAGCCAGUACGACAGGAGGGAAUCUGUCGACAGUGUUUAUGGCCGGUCUGCUGUUCCAAACCGCCAAAUGUCGGGGCCGUCGCUGCCAAUGACGAGCCCUCUCCUCCCAACACCUUCGACAUCAAUGCCACCUCCUUCUGUGUAUGGACAGUUCGCAACUCCCAGGGCUCCGUUUGACCAGCUCCCGCGGCCAGCACUACCUCCGAUGUCUUCUCGCCUGGGACAACAAAGCCAGUCAGCUGUCCCCAGUGCCAUAAACAGGGACCCCGAAUCAAGGUUCACGUUACCGCCGCUGCUCCAAACACACAUCAGUAGCGAACUGAAGCAUGGUCCACUGGCGCCGAGAUACAAUAUGCCUGCGCCUACUUCGGUGAAAAGGCCUUUCAGCUCGAGCGGUUCUGGAUACCAACCGCCUCUCAAAUCCGGGGCUCGACCGGACACGUUGUCGUCCGGAUAUCCCGCUCCUGCCCCACCUGGCGCGCACGACGUCAUCGAGCCCGACGUUGGUGACGACGAGGACGAUGACGAUGAGGAGACGCAACGUUUGUUGAAAGGCGAUUUAGUAUAUACCUCUGCUGACGGGACGACCAAACGCGUCAUCGAGAGAGAUGGUAACUUCUACCGACCUCAGACUUGA